ACAGCUUGAGGAAAUUGACGACGGCAGGCCUGGUGGGUAGUAGGCUGUAUAAAGGCUCAAAAAUCUGCAAGCUGAUCUUCAGCUACUGCUUUUGGUUCUUCACUGCUACAUCCCAGAGCAGAAGACCUCAGAACAGAAUUUUUUAACCUGCUCUGCUGUGGACAUUGUGCACUUCUUGCUGAAAGACAUGCACUGUUUUUUGGUCUUCACUCUACUUCUGGUACCCACACAUGCUGAACCUACUUGGAGCACCAAAUAUGCAGUAGAUUGCCCAGAGUCCUGUGACAGCAGUGAAUGCAAAAGCCCGCUGCACUGUAAGCGGACGGUGCUGGAUGACUGCGGCUGCUGCAGGGUCUGUGCUGCAGCCUUAGGGGAGACUUGCUACCGGACUGUUGCAGGUAUGGACGGUGUGAAAUGCGGCCCUGGACUGAAGUGCCAGUUUUUUUCCGAAGAGGAUGAUUUUGGUGAUGAGUUUGGUAUCUGCAAAGAGUGUCCAUAUGGUACCUAUGGAUUAGAAUGCCGAAGAACAUGCAACUGCCAGUCUGGCAUAUGUGACACAGUAACUGGGAAGUGUUUAAAGUUUUCAUUUUUUCAACUGGCUGCAUCAAAACCUCCCAACAGGCAACAAUUAAUUCCACAUGCAGAAAAUGAUAUGGGAUCUGGUGAUGGCAAUUCUGUAAAAGAGGAUUUUGUCAAAGAAAAAGCAAUUCGCUCUCCAAUAGUGAAAUGGCUAAAUCCUCGCUGAUAUUAGCCUAUAUGGGUAGGAAUUUCAAACAGAUGUGCUUUCUUCAGGUUUAUAACGAAUGUUCUACAAUCCACUCCAGCAAAGGAAACGGCAAUGUGUAAAAAAUAAACAAAUCAAUCUGUAUUUCUGCAGGAAAAGAGUGAACUUUCAGUAUAAGACUAUGUACAGUGUAUAUGCUUUUUAGAACAUGUCUUGAUGAUCAUUUGAAUACUAAAGUGCAUUAUGAACGGUUGAAUGUAAACUUUAAAAACCAAGAAUCAUCUCAAUUUUGCAAGCUCUACACAAAAUAUUUAUUUUAAAAAAUGGGGAAAGUAUCAUGAUAGAAAUCAGCAAAAUUUAGGAGCUGUAAAUUUUAUAUCCUUGGCUAACCCCAGCAAUACAUUAAUAAUAUGCAGAACUGAUUAGUGUAAUAAAAGGGAUGAAAAACAGUCUUAAUUUUGAAGAUGAUCAAGGCCUACUUGAUCCCUUUUUUCACCCUCCCUGUAACCAGACUUCAUCUGGGUGCAAGUGCUGAGAAACACAUGCCAUUGUGCAAACACAUGCACAGUCCUAUGGGAACUCAGUGGGGCUUAUUUUUGUGUAAACUGCAUGGCCACAAUCCAACACACAGCUAAACUCACAGGCAGUUGUCCUGGGCGCCCUUCCCCUGGAGUUAAGUGCUGCUAUGUUCAAUGUUCCAUUACUCUCUGCUGGCAAGUGGGCAUAGCUUUGCUACCUUUACCCAACUGAAAAGAUGUCAGUGUUCUUAAGCACACUUCAUUCUGUGUUGGACUGUGGCCUAAAGUGGCAAUCCUGUUCACUGUUGGGCUACUUAAAUCCCAUCAUUUUCAAUGGGAUUUAAACUGCUUGUGUGCAGGAUUGCAGGGCAUCCUUUUACACAGAAAACGCCAUCAAGAAACAGUAACACUCAUCUCAAAUGUAACAAAUCCAGGCAGGGUUGAGGCAGUUGAUUCAUCUGCAGUUGAUUCAUCUGCAAAGCAUAUUGUACAGUAGGGCCCCGCUUUACGGCGUUCCAUUUUCCGGCGUUCUGCUGAUGCGGCAGCUUUCAAUUAGGGGAAAUUACCCGUUUUAAAGCUGAUUUUACACUUUUGCUGCAUUUUGCAGCAUUUUCGUGUCAUUUUCGUGCGGUGCGACCCAUUAUAGUCAAUGGGUUCCGCUUUACGGCGAUUUCCGCUUUACGGCGUGGGCCUGGUCUCUAACCCGCCAUAUAAGCAGGGCCCUACUGUAUUGCUACUGAUUAUGUAUAAACAUUAUAACAAAUAUUGUAGAUAGCACAUGAUUCUAUCCAGGGAAACAGAAAGAAGCCGGAAUUAAAAUGAACCUUUGCAGGAGGUGGGAGCAAUUAUAAGAGGAAACUUUGGUAGCAUCGAUGUAAAGAAACAGAUAAAUGGGGGGGAGGGUAGAACAGUGGUGUUUGUUUUAUGGCAUAUUAUGUCCUAGAAACAUGAGGCUGGAUUUUGUACAAUCAUCACUCUAAAUCAGAGCUUGGAAAAGUUACUUUUUUGAACUACAACUCCCAUCAGCCCAAU